UGUGAUUUAGUCACUUUCGGAGCGUUGCCGUGAUAACUUGUCGGCUCGUGUCGCGUUAGAAAAUAUAAAAAAAAAUAACAGAAUAGAUAAUAAAUGCCCAGAAAGUGUCUACAAAAUGUUUUGCUAUUCGGCGAUAGUGUGGCUCGUUUGGGCCCUUUCGGGAGUCAUGGUGCCGGCGCCGGUUAUUGGCCAAAUCAUUCCGUUGAACACCUUCUGCCACGGCCUGAGUGAUCCGUGCACCUGUGCUGCCGAGGGCAACGUGGUGCGGUUCCACUGCCCGGACGAGUACGCCAUGCUCCUGGAGGUCUCCGAGUCGGGGCCGUCGAUCUACAUGAGCUACUAUGCCCACGGAGACCUCCACUGGCUGCCGCGCUUCAACAUCACCGAUGUGGUGAAGCUCGAGUUUGACGCGUACACCUUCUGGCCGCAGGUCUUCCUUAGCAAUCUGCUAUUGGAGAUUGGGGUGCAGAAUGUGAAGACGAUUCUGUUCAGGGAUCGCACCUCGGAGACGGUGGUCACACGGGACGUCUACAGUCCUGAUGGCCUCUUUGAGGGAUCGGACAGUCCCUUGAACAUAACCACUUGGCAUUUUGGCUCAGUUCCGGGUCUGAAGAAAUUCCGUUUCUUUAGUGACGUGAAGGAGCUGCAGGAGAACAUCUUUUUGUGCUUCGAUAGCCUCACAGACCUGCAGCUGAACGUGGACGUGGAAAUGCUUCCGGGAAACUUGCUCUCCUCCGUCACAAACACCUUGGAAACGCUGAUAAUCGAGACCCCGGGCAUGGUUAGCUUCGGGUAUCCGCUACUCCGGGAACUCAAGCAGUUGCGGAACUUGAGUCUGACCCUCACGGAUCCACUUCGGGGUCGAGUCAGCCAGCUGCAGCCUCAUCUGUUCGGGGCCAUGAAGCAGCUGGUGGAAGUGCGGUUGGCUCAGGCCACUAGCCAGGUGACCCCGAAGAUGUUCCAAGGCUCCAGAAGGCUUAAGCUUAUCAAGAUCAAUGGAAAUGAUGAUCUAAACAUGCUGCCGCCGUGGAUAUUCCAUGAUCAAGGCGAGCUAACGACUUUGGACCUAUCCUGCAAUGCCAUUAGUCAGAUUGCCAACGAAACCUUCAGCGGACUGGCCAACUUAACCCUCUUGGAUCUAAGCAAGAACAAGCUCACGGAUAUAUCGAGCAAAAUAUUCGAGCCGCUCGUUUCGCUGAAUAUCCUGCGGCUGAACAAGAACUCCUUGACCGCCUUGUCACCCCAGGUGUUCGAGAACGUGAUCAGCCUGAAUUACAUCGAAAUGGUGAACACACAGUUCUACGGGGCCACCCUGAACAUGUCCUACGAGGCGGUGGUGUGCACCAACGACGAGUCCUGCCAGUACAAGUCCGCCGACUGGCAGUGCAACAAGCGCUGCAUCUGCUGGGUGCAGAGGAACAUCGCAAGUCUGAUCGUAGACUGCCGCGGCACCGACCUGAAGGAGCUGCCACUCCUGCCACAUACCACACUGGUGCAAACGGUGCUGAAAGUGGGCAACAAUAGCCUCUCCGAACUGCCCGUGGUGGGUGAGCAUCCGGGCUAUGCGAAUGUUAGUGGCCUCUUCCUGUCGGACAACAAGCUGACCAACUUGGGAUCCGGAGACCAGCUGCCAGACAACCUAACCCAUCUGGACGUGAGCCGGAAUAGUAUUUCUGCCAUUAGCGAACAGUUUGUGGAAUUCCUGCAAAUGGAGAACAAUACGAUGACGCUGGCGCUCUCGGGGAAUCCCCUGGCUUGUGACUGCGAUGCCCUGGCGCUGCUCUUCUUUGUCCGAUCAAAUCCCCAACGGGUUAAGGACAUCGGGGACGUGAUGUGUCCGCGCCAAAAGAAGCCCCUUCAGCAAAUGGAGGCCUUUGAGCUAUGUCCUUCAUAUGUCUUGCUAGUCAGCUGUGUGAUUGGUGGCCUCGUGAUAGUCGCCUGCCUCAUCACAGUCUUCUACCUCAUGUUCCAGAAGGAGCUGAAGAUCUGGCUGUACAACAACAACCUCUGCCUGUGGUGGGUCUCCGAGGAGGAGCUGGACAAGGACAAAACCUACGACGCCUUUAUAUCGUACUCACACAAGGACGAGGAACUGAUCAGCAAGUUGCUGCCGAAGCUGGAGAGUGGUCCGCAUCCAUUCCGCAUUUGUUUGCAUGACCGGGACUGGCUGGUGGGCGACUGCAUUCCGGAGCAGAUAGUCCGGACUGUUGACGACUCCAAGCGGGUGAUCAUCGUGCUCUCGCAACACUUUAUCGACUCGGUGUGGGCGCGAAUGGAGUUUCGCAUCGCCUACCAGGCCACAUUGCAGGACAAGCGGAAGCGCAUCAUCAUCAUCCUGUACAAGGAGCUGGAGCACAUGAACGGCAUCGACAGCGAACUGAAGGCUUACCUCAAGCUGAACACCUACUUGAAGUGGGGAGACCCGCUCUUCUGGAGCAAACUCUGCUACGCCAUGCCCCACAACCGACGAGUCCUCAAGGGCCAAAAGAAACACGCGGGUCCUCUCAUCUGAGUCCUUGGAACGACUUUGGAUAUAGGGAAAUAUACUCAUCCGCUUCCGCAGCUCCUAUUGUAUUCUAAAGUAAUAUUUAUUUACCCAAAACAUAGUCAGUAUUUAGUUUCGAUAUAGUUUUUAAGUCAACAUUCGGAUGAGCUUUUAUUUAGAAUUUAAAUCUAAACAAUUUCGAAGAAAUUAUUCCAGUUAUUGGAGUACAACUUAAGGUGAUAAAUUUACAAAUAAUAUUUUUAAAAUAGGCAAUUAUAUUGUAUUUAUACUUUAUGUUAACUGCGUCAUACAUAGGUACUUACUUUUAAUCAAAAUUACAUUAGUACUGAGAAUUAUAGAUAAAAGUCGCUACUACGUCGCAACCAAUAAAAAAAUUAAUUUUGUCCAUAUCUAUGAUAAGGUAUAUUGGCAACAAAAAUCAUA